AUGUUUCAAGAUUACUGCAUGGCACAUGGAAAUCCAGUCAUACCUGGAUCCCUUUACUGUUGUGAUGAAUGUCGAGAUCAAGACAUAGAUAACAAUAUCUACUACGAGAGUCCAGUUGGAUCUCCAUUAAGCGUUGCUUCCGAGUCGGAAGAUCACUUGUUGUAUGAGUGCUGGUUUUGCCAGACUCACCACGAACCCAAUGAAGCCUGCAACGGACAUAAUUAUGCGAUAGGCAAUAAUGACUACAGUGUGAUAAAUAAUAGCCAACCUAGAGACGUCACAUUGUCUAAUUAUGCAUUAGAAAUGUUCGGAAAGUCAGAAGAGAAUACCGAUAACUCUAUCAUAAAUAGUAACGAGUUGAUACAAUCCAACUAUCGGAAAUGGUUGGUCAAUAUGACUCCGAGAUAG